GUGUGAUUAUGAUUUAAUUAUUAUGCCUUUCGUUCCUAUUUCUAAGUUUGACUUAAUCAGCUUAUAUAAUUGAUUCUGCUGUUGAUCAAGUAUUUUGGUGUGGAGGUUCAAUUAUUGUAACACCUGAUGAUGAUGUGGUCGAAUAAAAAAAUGAAGCUUAAUAACAUAGAAAAAUAUUAUUUGUUCUUUCAAAUAAGGGAUUUGCUUAUAGAUCGACUGACUAUGGGUAAAAAUGGGAAAAUGUUACAUAAAUAUUAAUAGAAUAAUAGAAAUUAGAUAGCAAUUAUAAAUUUAAAGAUGUAAUGUAAUCUCCUGCAGAUUCUUUUACUAUGUAUUUUAUUGGAUAUAAUCAAUCUUUUAUCAGUUAAGAUUGUGGAAGAACUUACAAAACCUUUAAUGAUAAUAGAUUAUAUGGUUUUAGAUUUAAUAAACUAAAUAAAGAUUAAAUACUUGCAUUUUAAGAAAAGAAAUGUAAUAAGACAGAUAAAAGCUGCAAAGAACAAUAUAAGAGAGAACUUUGGGUAACAAAAAAUGGUGGUUAAAUAUGGUAGCCAGUAUUUGACCAUGUUAGAGAUGCAGCAUGGGAUAAAUUAAUUCAUUAUGAAAUGGUACCAGAUAUGCGAAUAAUUGUAUCUCAUGUUGAUACUUAAGGUGAAUUAAAGGUAUCUUAUUCAGAUGACUUUUUUAAAACAAUUAAAUAAAUAGAAAAGGAUUGUUUUGGAUUUUAUUAAACACCUACUUAUCUAUUUUUAUUAGUUAGACCAGAUUAGUAUAGUGUUGGAUAUGAUUUAAAAAUGUCACCUCAUUUAGGGGAAACUUAUUUCCCAUAAGAGAUUGUGUUACCAAUUGAUGAUCAAAGCAAACAUACUUUUACUGUAUUAGAUGUUACUGAUAGUAUUGUAUAUAUGUCAGUUGCACAUGGUGAAGAAUUAUCAAAGGUAACUAAUAUUUAUAUGAGUGAUGGCAAUGAAUUCACAGUAUCACUUUUGGGAAAUGUUAGAAGUCAAGAUACUGGACAUUGUGAUUUUGAAAAAAUUAAAAGUAUGAAAGGAGUUUAUAUUGCUAAUAUUUUUGAUUAUGAUGAAAUUGAGAAAACUAAAUAAAGAAGAAAAAGAAUUAAUUCUGAAAGAGAAAUGAAACUUUAAAAUUCUGAUAGGUUAGACUAAUAUAAGAAAUCUGUAAUUACUUUUGAUUUAGGAGCAGAAUGGCAUUCAUUAAAAGCACCAAAAUAUUCUUAUUAAGGAUAACCUUUAAAUUGUAAUGGAGAUUGUAGUCUUCAUUUAAAAGGAAGAACUGAAACUACAUCAUUAAUUUAUAGUAGUGAAUAAGCUGUAGGAAUUAUUAUUGGAACUGGAAAUACAGGAUUAUAUCUUGAUAGUUAAGAAACUAAUACUUAUUUAUCAAGAGAUGGAGGUCAUAAUUGGUAUGAAAUAUUGAAUGGAACACAUAUUUAUGAAAUUGGUGAUCAUGGUGGACUCAUUGUUUUCGCAGAAUCAGAAUCCUAUACUAAUGUUGCUAAAUUUACAUAAGAUGAAGGUCUAACCUUUCAAGAUAUUAAAUUAAAUAUCACUUUAGACAUUGAUAAUAUAGUAACUGAACCAUCAAAUGAAGAAUAGAAAUUCUUAAUUUAUGGUAGAAUCAAAUAAACAGAUAAUCCUUAAGAAGAUUUCUGGAAUAAAUAUGAUUCUAUUAUAGGUGUCUUAAUUCCUAUUGAUCUUUCAAAUGUCUAUUAAAGAGUGUGUAAAGGAAGUGAUAAUCCUGAUGAUCCAAAUUCUGAUUAUGAAUAUUGGUCUCCAUAAAAUUAUUAGUAAUAAAAAUGUUUAUUUGGCUAAAAAGUCAAAUAUUAAAGAAAAAAAAGAGAAGCAAAAUGUAAGAAUCCUGAAAUCGUCAAAAAAUUAUUAGUUGAGAAAUGUCCUUGUACUGCAGAGGAUUGGGAAUGUGAUUUAGGAUUCAUGAGAAAAAUAGAUGGUGGUGAAUGUAUUCCAAUGACAUAUGGAUUUUCAUCUUCUCCACCUCCUAUUAAAUGUACAGGCACUUAUAUGAAAUCACAAGGCUAUAGAAAAAUACCAGGAGAUGAAUGUGAAGGAGGGUAAUAAAUUAUUAUAAUUAAUAGAGUGUAUUUAGGACCUAUUGAAUAAGAAUGUCCUACUGAAAAAACUAAUAUUUAAAUUAAUCAAAUUAUAACGGACAAACCUAUAAUUAAAAAUGAUUAGAAAAAUUAAGAUAAAUUUGAUUCAUAAACUCCUAUCUUUUAAACAUAACCAAUAUCAUCAAAUAAAUCUUUUUAGAUUUUAGAUUAUGCUGAUUACAUAAUUAUUUCUAUUAUAGUUUUAAUCCUCUUUUAUUUCAGAAACUCAAUAUUUUAUAUUGUCAAAUAAAUUUUUGCAGCUUCAUAAGUAAAUACCAACCGAAGUACAUUUAUAAAUUUUAUAUUAUUUUAGAAAAAAGAAGUUAUUAUCCACCAACUGAAGAAGAAAUGUAAGAGAAAAAAUAAAAAGCAGCUAAGAAACGAUUAUUUGGUAUCUAAUCAACUAAGGAUGAAGAUGAAGAAGCAGGAUUGUGA